AUGGGGGUUGGGAGGGACUCGACUGUGGUGGAGAUGAGCUUAAAUAAGAUGGUGAAGAAUUAUAGGGCUGCGGCACAUGCUGGAAUUCUCAAGGUUAUGUCCAAGAUGGGUAUUUCAUGCCUUUCGAGUUACAAAGGAGCUCAACUGUUCCAAUGCAUUGGCCUUGCACCUGACGUUAGGAAUCUCUGUUUUGAUGCAUGUUUGUCAUCACUUGGGGGCGUGGGCUUCCGAGCCUUGCAAGAAGAUGCGCUCAGGCUACACACUAAUGCGUAUCCCUCUCGCCCCCUGCCACCCCUGGUAGACGCCGAGACGAGCCGCUAUGCACUGCCCGAGAUGGGUAUGUAUCAUUUCCGCUCCGUUGGCAACGCAUCGGAACUCCACAUGAACGCCCCUGAUGUUAUAGCGAAGAUUCAGGAGUCGGCCAGAAAAGACUCGCCGACAGCAUACAAGGAAUAUGAAGAUUGGGAAAACGCCUUAGUCGAUGAGUGUGAACUACGCGGGCUUUUGGAGAUUUGCUAUGACAAGUGUUCGCCGAUCGCUGUGGAAAGCGUAGAAACGGAGACUGAAAUUGUGAAGAGAUUCUGCACAGGUGCUGUUUCUUUUGGUGCCAUCUCGUCACCGACCCACGAGGCGUUGGCUAUGGCGAUGAACUCCCUGGGUGGUCGAUCUAAUACGGGAGAAGGGGGAGAGGAUGAGGCCAGGUUUGGUGAGGAUAACGAGGCGAGGUCUCGUAUCAAACAAGUGGCCUCUGGCCGGUUUGGUGUAACUGCGGCGUAUUUGGCGGACGCUGACGAGAUUCAGAUCAAACUAGCACAGGGCGCUAAGCCAGGGGAAGGAGGGGAGUUGCCAGGGUAUAAGGUCGUCGGUGCCAUCGCGGAGAUCCGGAAGUCCACCCCGGGGGUUGGGCUGAUAUCACCUCCUCCUCAUCACGAUAUGUACAGUAUUGAGGAUGUGGCUCAACUGAUAUCGGAUUUGAAACAUGUGAGUGAAAGGUCUGAUGGGAAACGAGGCUCUGCUGAUAUCGAGGAUGUGGUGACGGGUAUGAGGAGAUUGCAAGAUUUAGAUAUGAGACCGGCUAGUGUGGCCUUCCCUGAUAAGCGGGCUGGGUUCAAGUUGUAUUCCCGACGGAAUCCGACGAUUUCGCGCGCCCCGAAAUCGAGAGUGCUUGAUUGGGAGGAAAUAUACAGCAAGAAGCCGCAUAGAUCGAGACUAUAUGACCAGUUGCUGACGACUCAGACUGCUAGAUGUAUGGACUGUGGCACGCCGACUUGUCACUAUCCCAAUACGGGAGGAGGAGGAUGUCCGUUGGGAAAUCGCAUACCAACAUUUAAUCAACUCGUAUAUGAAGGGCAGUGGAAAUUGGCUUUGGAUCGUCUGCUUGAUACGAAUAACUUCCCGGAGUUCACCGGAACCGCAUGCCCAGCACCAUGCGAAGAAGCAUGUGUGCUUAGUAUCAACGAGCCGCCCGUUACUAUUAAAAGUGUCGAAUUGGCGAUUAUCGAACAUGCCUUUCAAAAAGGUUGGAUACAGCCGAUGCCGCCUCUCACGAGAACGUACAAGACGGUUGCGAUCGUGGGCAGCGGACCUGCGGGGUUGGUCGCGGCGGCUCAGCUGAAUAAGGCUGGACACAGCGUGACUGUCUUCGAGAGGGCCGAUCGAAUCGGCGGUUUGUUGGUGUAUGGGAUUCCGAAUAUGAAGUUGGAUAAGAUCGAUAAAGUGCAGAGGAGAGUUGAGAUACUCCAACAGGAGGGAAUCGAGUUUAAGACAGAUAUCGAAAUCGGCGUGGAGCCCUUUACCCUAUCAUCACUACGGGCUGGCUAUGAUGCUGUGCUUUUGGCCACUGGAGCUACCCAGUCUCGAGACACACUAACGAGGAUACCGGGUCGACAGUUGAAGGGCAUUUAUCAGGU